AGGUGUUUGACCCUCCGAUCCCCGGCUGUGUGUGUGUGUGUGUCUGUGUGCACCAGGCUCCAUCCGAGCUUUCCCGUCAGCACACUUUUCUGUUCUAUCUCUUUCCAUAAAUGAUUUAAAAAAAAGAAAAAAAUUUAAAAAAGCGGAAAAAACUCUUACCCAAAAAAAUCUAAAAAAAACCCGAAAGAAAAAAAGCUGGGUGGGGGUGAAAAAGAAAAAAAAAGACAACCCGACAUCAAAUCAAGUCUCAACGUCCAAGAAGGAAGAAAAAGAGAGAAGAAAGCAAAAUCAACCGAGAAGACUAGCAACAACCUAGGAAAGGAGAAAAGAAGAAAAAUACUACAAGUUAAAAAAAAUAAACCGACGACGCCGACAAGGGGGUGUGUGUCUGUGUGAGAAAGCGAAAAAGGGAGAAAUAUAAAGGAAUCCUCGAGGAGAUCGUCAAAACCGAAAACUACCUUCAAAACCAGAGCUUCACUUGGAACGGAGCCGGAUCCCGAAGUAGACUGACUCUCCUGGGCCUCGGCCUCCUCCAGCCCUCCCUUCCGCAGGCGCCAUCUCCUCCUCUUCCCGGCCCCUCUCUCUGUUUCGCUCGACGCUUGAAUCCUCUUCCCAGCCUUUUUUAAAAAAAAUCUUUUUAUUUCCUCCUUAAACUAUCUAACCUAAUUUUUUUGUCUUCCCCGAGGUUUUUUUUAUUUUUUGGAGCGAGUGGAAGUUUUUUGCUGCUGCUGUUGUAAAUCCUACCUCCCUCCCUCCUCUCUCUACCCCUUUUUAAUUAAAAAGUGACCGAGCGUUCAUUCCGUCUCCGCUGCCGCCACCAUGAACCCCAGCGCCCCCAGUUAUCCCAUGGCCUCGCUGUACGUUGGUGACCUGCACCCGGACGUGACCGAGGCGAUGCUGUACGAGAAGUUCUCUCCAGCCGGGCCUAUUCUGUCGAUCCGCGUGUGCCGGGACAUGAUCACCCGGCGCUCGCUGGGCUACGCCUAUGUCAACUUCCAGCAGCCAGCCGACGCUGAGCGUGCUUUGGAUACAAUGAACUUUGAUGUCAUCAAAGGCAAGCCUGUUCGUAUCAUGUGGUCUCAACGUGAUCCAUCUUUGCGGAAAUCUGGAGUUGGCAACAUUUUCAUUAAGAACUUGGACAAAUCAAUUGACAAUAAAGCUUUAUAUGACACUUUUUCAGCUUUUGGAAACAUACUUUCUUGCAAGGUGGUUUGUGAUGAAAAUGGGUCUAAAGGCUAUGGAUUUGUUCAUUUUGAAACCCACGAAGCAGCAGAACGAGCCAUUGAGAAAAUGAAUGGCAUGCUACUUAAUGAUCGAAAAGUUUUUGUAGGUCGUUUUAAAUCCCGCAAAGAGCGUGAAGCUGAGCUUGGAGCCAAAGCAAAAGAAUUCACAAAUGUUUAUAUCAAGAACUUUGGGGAAGAUAUGGAUGAUGAGAGGUUGAAAGAAAUCUUCAACAAAUUUGGCGCAUUCCUGAGUGUAAAAGUCAUGACUGAUGAUAGUGGAAGGUCCAAAGGCUUUGGCUUUGUCAGUUUUGAGAAGCAUGAAGACGCACAAAAGGCUGUCGAUGAGAUGAAUGGCAAAGAAAUUAAUGGGAGGCAGGUUUAUGUUGGCCGUGCUCAGAAAAAAGUUGAGAGACAGACAGAGCUGAAGCGUAAAUUUGAACAGAUGAAACAGGACCGGAUCACAAGGUACCAGGGGGUCAACCUCUACGUCAAAAAUCUGGAUGAUGGUAUUGAUGAUGAGCGUCUACGCAAAGAGUUUUCACCAUUUGGCACAAUUACCAGUGCUAAGGUGAUGAUGGAGCAUGGUCGUAGCAAAGGCUUUGGAUUUGUUUGUUUCUCCUCACCAGAGGAGGCAACCAAGGCGGUAACGGAGAUGAACGGCCGAAUCGUGAGCACAAAACCCUUGUAUGUUGCUCUGGCUCAGCGCAAAGAAGAACGACAGGCUCAUUUGACAAACCAGUAUAUGCAGAGAAUGGCGAGUGUCAGAGCUGUACCAAACCCCGUAAUCAAUCCAUAUCAGCCAGCUCCACCCUCUGGCUAUUUCAUGGCGGCUAUCCCUCAGGCACAGAAUCGUGCUGCAUACUACCCAGCAAGCCAGCUUGCACAACUUCGACCAACCCCUCGAUGGGCUGCUCAAAGUGUCAGACCCCAACCAUUCCAGAACAUGCCUGGUGGUAUGCGUCCAACAGGUCCUCGACCACCAGCACUCAGCUCCAUGAGACCAACUUCUGCUCAGGUGCCACGUGUCAUGAGCACUCAACGUGUUGCCAACACAGCAACACAGACAAUGGGACCGCGCCCUGGUGCUACUGCUCCCGGUGUCCGUUCGUUUACACAGUACAAAUAUGCUGCAGGCGUACGUAAUCCUCAACAGCAUCUAAAUGCUCAGCCUCCAGUUGCUAUGCAACAGCCUGCCGUUCAUGUACAAGGCCAAGAACCCCUGACUGCUUCCAUGUUGGCUGCUGCCCCUCCCCAAGAACAGAAGCAGAUGCUAGGUGAGCGACUUUUCCCCUUGAUUCAGAAUAUGCAUCCAAGUUUGGCAGGUAAAAUCACUGGAAUGCUUCUUGAAAUAGACAACUCUGAAUUGCUUCAUAUGUUGGAGUCACCAGAAUCUCUGCGCUCCAAGGUUGAUGAAGCUGUUGCUGUACUGCAGGCCCAUCAGGCAAAAGAGGCUGCUCAGAAAGUAGUUGUGCCAAAUGCUGCAGGUGUUUAAAUUUUUCAGGAGGAGGAUCAUGAAGCUUGCAUUUAUCGAAGAAAAGAUUUAAACAUUGGAAAAAGCUAAAAAAUUUUAAAACAUCGCAAAACAAUAAAAAAUUUAUACAAAAAAAGAAAGGAAACCUCUAAGCUUAUGAAACAAAGUCACUGCCAGGUCUGGCAUAAGUGAUGCUAGUCCUAGACUUAAGGGAAAAUACCAAAAAAAAUUGUAAAAUGAAAAGUUUUCUAGGCCGGGGUAGGUGUUUUAUGCACAGAAAUGUUUGCAUUCCUUUCUUUAAAAGUUUUGUAAUCCAUUACUGUGGAAAUGCUCAGCAGAUCCACACUGUUUUUAGUUAGCAGUGUGUUUGAUGGUUGAGCAUUAGAAACAAACGGAACGUUUGGAUUAUAGAAUGCUUGCUUUAAUAAAAAUGCUGAAUAAU